GAAGAGGGGAAAGUUAUGUUGCUCUGCUCUCUUGACCUCCAAAGAUGAGAAAUGAGGAGGUGUGAUGCUAGGUCUAACCGUAUGGAUGAUGCUGAUAGUUUCAAGGUUUGCAAAGUCCUUUUCUCAAAUCAACCCCGAGAGUUCUUCCCCCUUCAGAGGGUCUGACAAGAGAGUUUUCUCCUUUGAAGCUAGAAGCCAGAAGAUCAGGUUCCCUCUUCUCUCCAGCUCUCACCAAUUCCACCCGUUAUGCAGGAUCCCUGUCAUUACAGAUCGAAUGGGACCAGUCGGGGGCCGAAGCCUAGAAGCUGGAGAGGGUCCUGAGCUUUUGGAGGGACAUGGGGUGCCUUUGAGGAGUUCACUCACACUCUUGGAUGGGGCCCUGGGCCUUGGUAUACUCGGACUCGGUGCUCGCCUUGUCCUGGCCCUGGCUGGUCCAGCCAUGAUGAUGCUGCUGCUGUUUCUAAUGUUGAGCUUCUUGGCCUUUGACCUUAUACAUGGGCCCCUGGAGUUGCCUCUUCCUCGAAGACCAGUGUGUAGACCACUUGGCCCGGGCGCAGGGGGUGAAGGUCCCCGCUUACAAGAACCAUUGCUCCCACCUACUGUGAGCCAAAUCCUGGAUGGGUUCCUGCUCUUCACAGGCCUAGGGCUCAUCUUUGGGGCCCUGAUGCCCUUCAGUAUCUUCAGCCUUCUAGUCAGUCUACAGGCCCUGGCCUGAAGCAA